AUGCUGCGAAACCAUGGUCAACACCUUAAUUGUCCAGCGCGUUUCGGGUCUCGCGUCUCGCGUCUCGAGUCUCGAAUCUUGAUUCUCGAAUUUCUGUUGAUUGUCAGAUUCGGCAGCCGAGCCGGACCUGCAGCACGUGUCUUUGCGCUCCGUCGAGUUUGGUAUCCGUGCUGUCCACCAAGCCCAGCUCCCGCCCGUCUUUCACAUCAUCUGUCUGGGCUUGUGUGCCAACGCAGGCCCCGCCUGCCGCAGCUGGGGUUGGUUAUGACCACUGUCGAACAUCUUCGGCUGCAGGAUCCUAGCCUCACGGCGAGCCUCCUUCUCGGAACCUCACAGCGAUUGAUCCCCUGGACGGGCAGUUGCAUCUUCACCCUCUCCAACGAGACCUUGCACAAGGUACGAUGCGACCAUGCGGAAGCGCUGGGGACCGCCACAUGGUCGCACGGCAGCACUUGA